GCUUCAGAAAAAGUAACAGGAGAUGAAGAAGACUUUUGACUUCUGAGCAACCAACAUAUAUCUGCGAUUGAAGCUCAAAGCAUGACAUUUUGGGCAUCAUCACCAUAGACAACAUUAUUUCCGUGGACUCACACUGCGCCACAUGGAGGUGAUGGUGAAAAACCUGUCGAGCACCGUAGAGCUGCUGGCCGUGGCGACGCACAGUGACGCCGUAGCGCGAUGGGACGAGGAGACGGUGUCCAGAGCAUUUCACUGGGCCCUGUACUGCCAACACAUUCAUAAACGGUUUCGUCAUAACCCGGCCAUACGAGAGGUGAUGGAGAGACAGCUGGAAAUGACAAACCAAAACUUGGGUCCACUUUUCCCAGAUUACACUGCGCUCUGCUUUAGUGACUUGUCGCGCUGUCAAAACUUGUUGUUGCAAGGACUAUUACGCAAUAUGCAUGUCCCUCUAGCUAUCAUGAAGAUGCUAUUUGAUAAACCUACACAUUCAAACAAUGAUGGUAAUAGUUAUCAGGACGUGAGAGGCAUUGGCAGCUGGAUUAUUGAGACUAAGUCUGCGUGUAAAGUGCUGGGGAAUGUCAACAUACCAUCCAGAAUUGGUCCUGAUGUUGAAGUUCAAGGUAACCUUUUACUGGAAGAACUGGGUGCUGUGGUGAAGCAAAGCCAUGAUAGCCAUAGAGUAAACCAGUUUUUGGACUCUGUUCUCCAAGGAUGUGAAGAUGCAGAGGAGCAUUUUUGUGGAGUAAUUGGUGCUGCUUUACAAAAUGAAUCAAGAAUGGACUUAGAAUUUAUGUCAAUUUUGGACUGGUUAGAGCUAAAGCAGAACUUUUUGGAAAACAUGUGUCAUUUACUGCCUUUGUCACUUCUUGCGGACAUAGCCAAAAAGCAUUUGAGAUUUAGAGAUAUGUACAGUGAUAUCCUCAAAAAGUGGGCCAAAGAAAUGGAGUAUGAUAUAAAUAACAGGAAGUGGAUUCCAGACAGCAAAAAUCCUCCUGUAUCUUUCCAGAAUCUGACAGAGCACUUUGUAUCUUUGUUUAAAGCCAGUGUUUCUUUGAAGGAGCAUUUGGAAACUGAGCUGAAGGCUUUAAAGUGUACUGAUGGGGACUUUGAUGUCAGUGGACUGAGUAUAUGGGGAGAUCUACUGUCAGCAAUUAUCAAAGAAAUCGCACAUUCAUAAUCUCAAUGAAGCCAUGAAAGAAAGCUCAGAUGUUGGGUUUUUUUUACUAUUUUAAACUGUUUAUUAUUUAUUAUUUGCCAAAAUGUCUUGUAUUUCAUCAUACAUUGUGUAUGAAUUAAAAAUAAAUUACAAUGUUAUUUUGUUUA